AUGGACACCGAGGGGACGUUGCAGACACUGGGAGGUGACAGCGACAAAAUCCCGACGGACCCGGGGCACUUCCGGUUCCUGGUGUCCCAGCUGCUGUCCCAGGGACCCUCCCGGGGUCUCUCCCUCUCCUUUGUCUGGGCCCGUUCCGGGGGGGCUCUGCAGGCCCUGCCCCCCUCCCUGCGCCUCUCGGACCUGCGGCACCUGCCGAGCACGGCCGUGGACCUGGUGGUGGAGGUGGCACAUCCGUGUGUGGUACAGGAGCACGGCGAGGACAUCCUGAAACACGCGGACUUCAUGGUCGGGUCCCCCUCGGCCCUGGCGGACGCUGUCACCGAGCGGCGGCUGCGGGAGGCGGCGGCGCGCGGGGGCCACACCCUGUACGUCCCCAGGGGGGCGCUGUGGGGCUGCGAGGACAUCGCCAGGAUGGACAGCGCGGGGACACUGCAGGCUCUGCAGGUGACCAUGACCAAGGCCCCGGGCAGUUUCCGCGCUCGGGGCCGCCUGCGGGAGCUCCUGGAGGCGGCGGGGCCGGGGGAGGCCGUGCUGUACGAGGGGCCCCUGCGGCCGCUCUGUGCCCUCCUCCCCAACAACGUCAACGCCAUGGCGGCCGCAGCGCUGGCGGCGCCGCGCCUCGGCUUUGACGGCGUCACCGCCCGCCUGGUGGCCGACCCCAGUGUCCCCGACUGGCACAUCAUGGACGUGCAGGUGACAGCGGUGGCCGAGGGUGGCCGCUCCCUGACUGUCACCAGCACCCGCCGCAACCCCGCGGAGCCCGGCGAUGUCACCGGCAGUGCCACCCUCCACAGCUUCUGGAGCAGCGUCCAGGCCUGCACCGGACACGGCGGCUGCGUCAAGCUCUGCUGAGCCGCAACAGCGGAA